AUGGCUCUGCCACGAUCUGAUUUCGUGCCCGCGUCGCCGAGUAUCAACGUCAAGAAGACGGCGAUCUAUAUUUCCGAUAGCGAUGACGAGAUAGAUGAGCCCGUGACUCACGUCCCCGAGUCCUCUCCCUACUUCACCCAGCCAACUCAGAUCGUCAAUCGCACCACUCUCCAGCCUGCCCCCUCCCGCUUCACCUCGUCCUCACCUAAGGCUGAGAUCGAGGUGCCUGUCUCCUCGCCAAUCCCACCCCGAAAGCUCCCAAUGACGGUGAGCGGCGGCAGACUCGCGACGGCCAUGGCUCCCGCAGGUACGAUGUUCCGUGCGCCCCGCGUCGAGCAGAAGAGCAUUCCCCCGAAGCGGAAACUCGAGGAGAGUGACGACGAAUUGGACGAGCCCGUGUAUGUCGUGGACAGCUCAGACGAUGAUGAUGGCCCGACUCGCGGCGACAUCCGCCCGUCUUCCUUCAAACCGCGACAGACUACACCUCCUCCUGCAUCGAAAUACAAUCAGGAGAAACAGGCGCUGCCCGAUAGAACCGUUCAGCUCAAGGUGUCGAGUGUCAGAGUCCAGCAAUUGGCAAAGAAAGUGCGUGCCAAAGUCGGCAAUAGCUACAGCAUGGAUGAUUGCACGAAGGCGCUCCAGAAGAAUGGCUUGAAUAUGGAUGCUGCCGUUGCGUCUCUUCGCUCCAACCCUCCCGCGAGACAAGCCAUGGCCCAACCGUCUAUCUUAAAGGCCUUCGCCAGAGCUGGCUCAGAUGCCGCUAGAAACUCGUCUGCGUCCACUUCGCCUGUAUCGUCUCAAGGCUCCAGUCGUUCUGCCUCUUCUUCGCGAACCUCACAGGGCCCGCCUACCCCGUCACCACAGCCUGUCAAAUCUCGAGGUCGGUUACAGCGAGGACUUAAGCCUCGCGCCGAGCCCAGCUCUUCACAAGUUGAGAUUGUACAGCCAACCCGUCGGACUCAAUUGAUUGACCUGGUCAGCGAGGAUGAAGUGGAUAACGAGACUUAUUCAUCCGAGCCAGAGCCAUCUUCCCCGACUUCACGUGUCAGCCUAGACAGUGGCAGCUACUCUCGCAUUCUCGAAUAUCUUGAGAAUUGUACGGUGGAGAACCUCAUGGCAAUUACCAAGAUGAAGGCUGCGGAGAAGGAGCGUGCUGCGGCCAUGGUCAAGCAUCGUCCAUAUCAUUCUCUGGAACAAGCUCGAGCAGUUGUCCUAUGGUCCGGUAAGGCCAAGGGUAAGCGCAGCAAGAUCGCGGUCGGUGAAGUCAUUGUCGACAAACUCAUUCAGUUCGUCGAGACUCUGGAUGCCAUUGACCAAGUUGUAACCCUAUGUGAGAAGAAGGGCGCGAAGAUUGAUGCGACAUUGAAUCGCUGGAAGAUUGAGAGAUCUGGAGCCGAGAAAUCAUCCUCAGCAAAGUCCGCCUUUGAAGAUCUACCUUUCCCUUCCGAGCCAAAACCAAUGCAGGGCAAGUGUACACUGCAACCGUAUCAGCUGUUUGGCAUGAACUGGCUAUGGCAACUGUACAGUCAGCAGUUCGGUUGCAUCCUCGCGGAUGACAUGGGCCUGGGCAAGACUUGCCAGGUAGUCGCAUUCGUCUCGCUACUUGUCGAGAACUACAAAUCUGGCAUUGUCAAAGGUGAUAAGCCAUGGCCAGUCCUCAUCGUAGUACCACCUACUACGCUCGCCAACUGGGAAGCCGAAUUCAACAAGUUCUCAUCAGGCAUGAAUUUGAUCAUCUACAGUGGCUCGCAGCCAGAGCGUGACGAGCUUGCCUACGAGAUCAGAGAGGAUCCCAAAGCUUACCACGUUGUUUUAACGAGCUAUUCUCAGCUCAACCGAAUUGAAGAUAUCGUCGCAAUGAAACGCAUCAAGCCCCACGUCGCUGUUUUCGACGAGGCUCACAAACUCAAGAAUCCAACUGCGAGAAUCUACAAACAGCUCAUCAGGAUUGAUGCCGAUUGGAAGCUCUUUCUGACAGGCACUCCGGUCCAGAACAACAUCAUGGAGAUGGUGGCACUACUCAACUUCAUCAACCCGGAUCUGUUCCAGGAUCACAUGGAGGCUCUUGAGGAUCUGUUCAUUCACCGAGCUUCGCUACAGGAGGUGAGCCAAGGAGCAGUCUUGCAAAGUGACCGCGUCCACCGUGCGCGAACCAUUCUUGAGCCGUUCAUCCUGCAGAGAAAGAAGGAGAACGUCUUGACAACUUUGCCGGAGAAGACCCGCCGCGUGGUCUACUGCGAUCUACUCGACAGUCAGAAGUCUGUUUACCAAGAGUAUGAAGGCAACUACCGCCGUGAAGUGAGACGCGCCAUCGGCCGCCUGAAUGGUCGCUCAGAUGACCAGAAUAACCCUUGGAUGCAGCUUCGCAAGGCGGCUAUUCAUGGCCAGCUCUUCCGACGCUUCUUCACAGACAAGAAGGUUGAAGCUAUGGCCAAGGUGCUCAUGACGCACGUUCCUCAAUCUCGCCUCAUGCAAGAUGAUAUGGGCAAGCUUAUCCAGGAGCUGAAGGGUGAAUCCGACUUCAAGUUGCAUCUUUGGUGUCGCGACGAGCCGUGUAUCGCCAAGUUCGACGUUCCGGAGGCUUCCUGGAUGGAGAGCGGCAAGGUGAAGAAGCUUCUUGAGUUGAUUCGAGAGUUCAAGAAGAACGGCGACCGUGUGCUCGUCUUCUCCAAGUUCGUCAUGGUGCUCGAGAUCCUGGAGGAGUGUCUCGCAUCUGCCAAUGUGGACUACCGCAUCCUCAAGGGCGACACCAAGGUGACUGAUCGUCAAUUCAUCAUUGACGAAUUCAACGACGACCCAUCCAUUCCCGUCUUCCUGCUCACCACUGGUGCUGGCGGCACUGGCAUCAACUUGACGUCCGCGAACAAGGUCAUCGUGUUUGACCAGUCCGACAACCCGCAGGACGACAUCCAGGCGGAGAACCGUGCGCAUCGCUUCGGCCAGACUCGCGAGGUGGAGAUCAUCCGCCUGCUGACCAAAGGCACGAUCGAGGAGCUAGUUCACAAGGCCUGCCAGAGAAAGCUUGAGCUUGCUGGCCAGAUCACCGGCCAUGCUGAGGAUAUUAGCGCCAAGACCAUUGAGGCAGAUGUUCGAGCAAUGCUCGCUCAGGAAGAUGCUGGAGAGAUCGUCUGA